AUGCGCGGUCGCCUUUGUGUGGGUCGAGCGGCGGUGGUGGCGGCGGUGGCGGCAGUGGCGGUCCCACUGGCAGGCGGGCAAGAGGGGAGUCCGGGCGGCGUCCGGCGUGGGAGCCGGGGGACCACCAUGGUAAAGAAACGGAAAGGCCGUGUCGUGAUCGACUCGGAUACGGAGGACAGCGGCAGCGACGAGAACCUGGAUCAGGAGCUCUUGUCCCUGGCAAAGCGGAAACGUAGUGACUCCGAGGAGAAGGAGCCUCCUGUGAGUCAGCCUGCAGCCUCUUCAGACUCAGAGACGUCGGACAGUGACGAUGAGUGGACAUUUGGGAGCAAUAAAAAUAAGAAGAAAGGAAAAACCAGAAAAAUAGAGAAGAAAGGAGCCAUGAAGAAACAAGCCAACAAAACUGCCUCCUCAGGCAGUUCAGACAAAGACAGUUCAGCUGAGAGCUCAGCUCCUGAGGAAGGUGAAGUGUCAGAUUCUGACAGCAACAGCUCCUCCUCCAGUUCAGACUCAGACUCCUCGUCAGAAGAUGAAGAGUUCCAUGACGGCUAUGGAGAGGAUCUUAUGGGGGACGAGGAGGACAGGGCCCGGCUGGAGCAGAUGACGGAGAAGGAGAGGGAGCAGGAGCUGUUCAACCGCAUAGAGAAGAGGGAGGUGUUGAAAAGAAGAUUUGAAAUUAAGAAAAAACUUAAAACAGCCAAAAAGAAAGAAAAGAAAGAAAAAAAGAAAAAGCAGGAAGAAGAACAAGAAAAGAAGAAGCUGACUCAGAUUCAAGAAUCUCAGGUUACCUCCCACAAUAAAGAACGGCGUUCCAAGCGGGACGAGAAGCUAGAUAAGAAAUCGCAAGCCAUGGAGGAGCUGAAAGCAGAGCGAGAAAAACGGAAGAACAGAACAGCUGAGCUCCUCGCCAAAAAACAGCCAUUGAAAACCAGUGAGGUCUACUCUGAUGAUGAGGAAGAAGAAGAUGAUGACAAGUCCAGUGAGAAAUCUGACCGCUCAUCCCGCACAUCAUCAUCUGAUGAAGAAGAAGAGAAAGAAGAAAUCCCUCCAAAAUCACAGCCAGUCUCCUUACCUGAGGAACUGAAUCGGGUUCGAUUAUCAAGGCAUAAGCUAGAACGCUGGUGUCACAUGCCCUUCUUUGCUAAAACUGUCACAGGAUGUUUUGUACGGAUUGGCAUUGGAAACCACAAUAGCAAGCCAGUUUACCGGGUGGCUGAGAUCACAGGUGUUGUGGAAACUGCCAAAGUUUACCAGCUGGGUGGUACCAGAACAAACAAAGGGCUACAGCUACGGCAUGGCAAUGACCAACGAGUGUUCCGCCUAGAGUUUGUAUCAAACCAAGAAUUCACUGAAAGUGAAUUCAUGAAGUGGAAAGAAGCGAUGUUUUCUGCUGGCAUGCAGCUGCCCACACUAGAUGAAAUAAAUAAAAAGGAAUUAUCUAUUAAAGAAGCUCUCAAUUAUAAAUUCAAUGAUCAAGACAUUGAGGAGAUUGUAAAAGAGAAAGAAAGAUUCAGGAAAGCCCCACCAAACUAUGCUAUGAAAAAGACACAGCUGCUAAAGGAAAAGGCCAUGGCUGAGGACCUGGGAGAUCAGGACAAAGCCAAACAAAUCCAAGACCAGCUAAAUGAGCUGGAGGAGAGGGCAGAAGCCCUGGACCGCCAGCGGACCAAGAACAUAUCUGCUAUCAGCUACAUCAACCAGCGGAAUCGGGAAUGGAACAUUGUGGAGUCUGAGAAGGCUCUGGUGGCUGAAAGUCACAACAUGAAAAACCAGCAGAUGGAUCCCUUUACCAGGCGGCAGUGCAAACCCACCAUCGUUUCCAAUUCCAGAGACCCAGCUGUUCAGGCUGCCAUUUUGGCCCAGUUAAAUGCGAAAUACGGUUCUGGUGUUUUACCAGAUGCUCCAAAGGAAAUGAAUAAGGGUCAGGGAAAGGAUAAAGAUUUGAAUUCUAAGUCAGCCAGUGACCUCUCAGAAGAUUUGUUCAAAGUACAUGACUUUGAUGUGAAGAUUGACUUACAGGUUCCAAGCUCAGAGUCAAAAGCUUUGGCCAUCACUUCCAAGGCCCCACCAGCCAAGGACGGAGCUCCAAGGAGAUCUCUUAACUUAGAAGACUACAAAAAACGACGGGGGCUUAUUUGAGCACUCCCAGCCUGCUGCUUCCAACCCUGCAUGCCCUGUCAUCGUCCCACCUUCCCUCUUUUCCUCUGAUUUGCCCACUUUGGGCUGGAGCAGCAGCGGAGCUGGGAAGAGACUCUAAACUGCCAGUCAUUGUAAUAUAAACCAUUUACUGUAUAGACCCCUCUUGUCUACACCAUCUCCCACCAGCCCCCCAGGCCCAACCCCAGGGGGAUCUGGAUUGGCUGGGGAUUUUUCCAUGUCUUUAGAUUUGUGUUUGCCCUCCCCACCCACUUUUGGUUUCUAACAGCACAGUUUGGCCACUCUGCACGUUCAGUAUUACCAUGGAGCUGGGAUUCUUGCUGGAGCCCAAGGUGGCAAUAGUGGCAGCACUUCAGUGUCCUCUUCACACUGCCUUGGGUCAGACCAUGGAACAUUUGGUAUCUAACCCUUGCAGAGAGUGUGGGGACUGGGUGUCUGCAAUCCUCUUUCCUCUCAGCUUUCUCUUCUUCCUGUGUCCAUGGAAGAGGGUUUUCUUUCUUUUUUUUUGUUUUUUGUUUUGUGU